UUGUAAUCGUGACUUGUGUGGCGUACGGUGAAACUGAAGCGCGCAGUUGUUUAAUCGUCGACGAUGUUGCAUAGUGGACCGUAAUAUAGUUGGAAAACGCAUUAACAGAUCGUCGGAAGAUAAUACGAGAACAACGUAUUGCAGGACUAGGUUGCUUGCAGUACUGAAUCAAAAUGGAAUCAAUGGAUGCGCGUCUUGUGGCGCAAGCAUUGAACUACCAUGGCCAACAGUUGCAGAAAGUGUGGGAGGGAGAACGCAACGAGAAUGAGCUGGCCAUGCUCAAUCUCAAGGAACCAAGUUUUGAGAUCUACCAACAACGUCAGAAAACGCUUAGUUUUGGCGAUAGAGGUAAAAGACUAAAACUACAACAAUUCCUUGCAAAGAAGGCAGAUGCCCUUUAUGAUAAAGCAAAUUUGGAGAAAACAGUUGAACCUAUCAAGCAAGAAUUAGGAGAUGAAGAAUUUUAUGCAACAAUGCCAGGCCUUGAUACCUUUGUUACCAUGGAAAAGUCUCAACGUAUACGUAAUUUUUUGGAGAGUUUGGUCGUUGGAGACGUUAUUUACGCGCAAGUUAUGGGUAAAAGUGCUGCUGGGCUUCUUCUGAAGGUGCUUUGCAACUGCAGCGACUGCCCGAGAGUUGUUACCGAUUUAGGAGUUAAGGCUCUGAUAUUAAACACGGCCACAGUGCCGGCGGUGGACAAGAAAGGUGUUACAAGAGGCUACAUGGCAAAUGAUCUCAUCUGCGUCGUAGUCAGUGAAGUUAACGUUGAAGCUGAGCGAGUUGUUGCAGUUAUGAACGUACCUGCCCGCGAAGGGCAAGCCCCACACCCACCUAUGGGACUUAUCCAUUCGGAUGAUCUUCCAGAAGCUUAUAAGAAAGCAAUGGACAACAAAGGACAGUCUUACGAAGCGAUGUUGGAGAAUAGUACUGGCUUCAACAACCCAAACAACAUUAAAUAUCUUUGCGACUUGAUGGGUCUCGGGCAAGAGAACCAUUCAAAUAUGGUUGGUUUGAGGGAAAGAUUUCCUCCGAAUGAAUAUGCGACCGAAUUAAGGCAAGCACAAGCUAGUAAAUGGGCGUUUCGAAGCGUUGCUGAGGGUAUAGAUCAUUUCAAGGCUGGACGUCAUACAGAAGCCUUCCAGUGUUUGAACAAAGCACUAACCGUUGACCCACGAAAUGUCGAGGGAUUAGUUGCUCGUGGAGCAUUGUACGCAAAUAGCGGCAGUUUUAAGAAAGCCAUCGAUGACUUCGAGACUGCGUUGAAGCUGAAUCAAACUCACGCGAACGCGCGCAAAUACAUGGCUGAGACACUGGUUGCUCUAGGUCGGAGUUACGAAGACGAGAAGAAGUACGAAGAUGCCCAAAAAGCAUACGAGAAUUGCUUGGUAAUUGCUCCGUACCACGAAGAAGCCAGAAAUUCCAUCGAAUAUAUCAAAUCUAAGACAUUGACGUCUACUUUGAAUCCAUUGGACACGUUCAAAAGUUUCGAGGCUGAAAAUGACGUCGGUGAAAAUAAAAAGGAAAAGAAGAAACGCAAGAAAGAAAGGAAAUCGCGUUCGAAGAAAAGGCAGAGAUGGAGUUCGAGUUCGAGUUCGUCAUCGAGUGGAUCUUCAAGCUCCUCCAGCUCUGAAUCGAGUAGCUCGUCGUCGUCCGGAAGUUCGCGAUCGGCAUCCAGGUCACCUAGUCGUAAACGAAAGCAUAAGAAAGAUCAUCGUGGUUCGUCGCUGUCGCCUCUUAGCAAACGUAUGGCACAGUACAAUAAUCCACCGGCUGCUACAACAGCUACACAUGAUGUUAUAGCACCGGUGACUUAUGGUACAAAUACUCGCGAUAAGAUGGACGAUUACGAGAUAAAAGUACGGAAAUUCUUGGAGCAAACAAAGGACGACUCGGAUUACGAAGAUAAGGUAAGGAAAUUUUUGGAGGAAACGGCUAGAUGGAAGAGGGAAAGAGAAAAGGAAAAGAAACAUUCGGAAAGCGAGAAAAUGAAGAAAAAGAAGAAGAAAGAAAAGAAAGGCAAAGACAAAGAGAAGGAGGAUAAGAAAAGCCGAAAGAAGAAGAAGAAAGAAGAGAGAAAGAAACGCAAAAAUAAAGACAAACUCGAACGAGAUUUAGAAGCCUUGAAAAAAUCUUCGUUACCGGAUUUAGAACAAUUGGAGUCGAAACUGAAUGCGUAUUAUGCGAAAGUUGAGAAAGAAACUGCUGUUUUGAAAAGGUAUGUAGCUCAGUAUAAUGACAUAGCUUCCCCUCUUAGCAACGCGGAGAAGCUCGCUGAGAGUUCACGAAGGGAGGAGGAGCUGCGCAGAGAAAGGGAGAGGGAAAGAGAUGAAGCCUCGAAGGCGUACCACGAACGGGAAGCUAGGGUACCAAUGACCGCACAGCAACGUAAGGAAAUUCAGAGGAAACCCCUAACGGACAUAUUUGAGCAAGAAUCGCAGUUGAUUCAUCCGGAACCAAAAUUACCACCCUUGGACACGGCUGCGCUAAACGCGAAAUGGAAAGCUGCUCAGGCCGCUAGACAAAAGGACAUUCUUCCACAAAAAUGGCAAGACGUAUCUCAGGAAAGCAAGAAAAUGCAACCCAAUGUAGAUAGCGACGAAGAUGAUGACAAUGAACUGGAAGAGAAAUUACAGCGUGCAGCGUUGGAGAAGUCUAUGAAUAUACGAAAACAGAUGCAACGCGAACUAGCGGAGAAGCGGGCAGCCGCUACUCAACCGAUGUUGGCUCCGACUCCACCGCCUUUGCCCAAAGAACCGCCGAUGCCGAAACAAGCACCGGUGAAAUAUCCUACCCCACAGCCGCAGAAUAAAUUUCAGUCGUACAAGGAUCCUUCGAUAUCCGCGCCACAAACGACACCGACCAAAUUCAGUUCUAGUAACAAUCUCGGUGGCAAGUUUCAACCGAUUGGGCAGAGUAAUAGCGGUGCUGGUCAUCCGCCAGAACCACCGCGUCCACCUCCGCCAACGAAGAAUCAGAGUCAGGCGAAAGGACCUAGAACAGACUCCGACAGCGAGACGGAGCGACAACAUAGACAAACGCCUAAGAAACGCGAAUCAAGCGGCAGAGGUGGAGCUGUGACGAAGAGGAUGAGCAGAGACCGUCCAGCAAAACGUUCGCGUAGCAGAUCGCGCAGUGCAUCCAGUUCGGGUUCCUCGAGAUCUCGAUCGCCCAGAAGGAGUCGUUCGCGAUCGUAUUCGAACCGAAGAUCCGGCAGUUACGAAAGGAAGUAUAGUCGAUCUCCUUCGGGCACUUACAGCAGAUCACGUUCUAGGUCACGCUCCAGAUCGUACACGAGGAGUCGUAGUCGUAGCAGGUCCGGAGAUAGGAGUUACUACCGCAAGAGACAAUUCCGACCAUACAAUAAUCGCGGUACCUAUUAUAAACCACGUUUCCAAGGUUUCAAUAACCCGAAUCAUCGUGGUGGCGGUAACAAUUUCCAGAAUCGUAAUCGGUUCUACAACAAUCAACACAACAAUCGUUUCGGCAAUAGACGCGGUGGUGGUUUCAAUAAUCGUGGUGGUGGACGCGGUCGCGGCGGUAACCGUGGCGGUAGGUUCUUCCACGGUAAGCAGGGCUUCCGCGACUUCCGGGACAGGCGGGACUUCAGAGAUCGUCGCGCUGCUUCUCGCGAUCGAUACAGCGAUCGUAGCUAUUCCCCCGAUCCUAUGAGGAAAGUCGACGAAGCGAAAGAGAAGAUCAACAAAAUGCUCGAAGGCGGAGACGACGUAAUGGAACAUCAGCAAGGAGGCGGAGGAUCGAACGUACCUCCCAGCAAAAGACAAGACGGACCUUUGAGCGAAGGCGAAGAAAGGGACGACGAUGACUACGAGAGGUGGGGAGAGGGCGAGGGGGGCGACACUGCUAACAAGGUUGGUUAGGUCUCUUCUGUGUAGGCUUUCGCAAAUGAACAGCCUAUCUUCUCGUGAUGACGAUCAUGAUAAUCCGGAUGAUGAUAAUAUGAGGAGUAAAAUGAUGAGGAUGAUAAUGAUGAUGAGGAUGAUGAUGAUGAUGAUGAUGAUGUUGAUGGUGAUGAUGAUGGUGAUGAUGGUGAUGAGCCACACGUACAAGAAAACAUGCGACUUAGGAGCCAACUAACUCUCGUUUGUUGCUAGAAUGAGGAGGUUGGACCUGUCGACGAUAACCUGGAAGGCAAGGAGUACUUCAUUGAGCGCAUGAAGCAGCGAAGCAAGAAUGUUUUAAUGCAGAGAGCCCUUGCUGCUAAGAUUUGGUAAAAAACCACGUUGCCGUUGCUGCUUCUUCGAUUCUUCUCCUUCGUCUGUGAUAUAGUUACUUUUCCUCAACGUUAAACAUCGACCGGAUCACGUGAGACAUAGACUUCUUAUUAUUCUCGGUACCGAUCGCUUCGGUACGCGUAAACUGAAAGAACAUACAGGGGAUGUUAAUAACGUGUAUAUGGUAGAGAACAAAUGUACAACUGGGGUCAUGGCAGUCGAGAGAAAUGGAACUUUAUUUUCCUCCGUUUUCAUCUUUCAAAUUUAAUUAUCCGAGUCAGUAGAGGACGCUUAUCGUACGCGAAUGUUGAUUAUCGUAAUUUGCGUUGUUUCGCUCGAUUGUCAUGCUCGCGGGUAAAUAAUCUUAUAGUAAAAUAUUCCCUGUGAUUAAUGUGUCAGUGCGAGCGUUUAGUCGGAUACUCGUGUUGCAAACUGAACGAAUGCUGUCGAAUUCCAAUUGCCGAUUUUUUCUUUUUUUUUUCUUAUUUUUAAUCGUUAACAGUUAAUGAAAAAUUAGACGCGUCUUCGUCUCUAGUACUUAUUAUUCUCGUAUCGUAGCAUUUGUUUUUUCCUUGUCGUAACGAAACUCUCGCGUAAGUAUUAAAGCUAGAGAAGAGAGCGAAUCUUCUGCUAUGACGUGCACUUUCGAAGGGAAGUAUUUGGUCGCAGUAUUUGGCGUACGUGAGUGGCUUUUCAUUAUCAUUCAUUAUCAGGACUAGCGUCGAUGUAUAUGCGUUGCCGUUUCAAACGACAAAGUGACAAAUUCCAACCGGUCUGUUCGAGAAGCUAGUUUUUAAUCGAUUUCUUCGCGCUCUAGCUAUCAGCGAUCAGAUUUUUCACGAUCGAAACACCUCACGUUUUUAACUCCUGCGCUUGAUAAGACACGAACGGUACAAGCUUUGUAAUCAGUUUCCACGGAUGUCAUAUCGUUUUCCGGUGAAAUCUAAUAAAAUCGCGAUUUAUCGCCGUAAAGAAGAGACACUUCUUUAUAGUAAGGAAAAUAGUUUUUCCCACAAACGUGUCGAGAACAUCCUUUCGGAUAUUUCUCCACAAUGCUUUAGUUCGGAACACGUUCUCACGGCUCGGCCCUUUAUUACAAAUACUUAUUUUAAGAUAUUAUUACAAGUAAUUUACUAGUAAGACACUUAUAUAUGUUGUAUGUAAACGAGUUGCUGUACAAUUCAAAGAUCCGCAAAAAUACAUAACACGAAAACGACAAA